AAGCACGAUGAUACAAUUCAUUUUCUAUCACGCGGAAAUGUCGUCACAUUUCUGAUGACAUCACUGCGAUGUGUAGGUGAUAUCACAUCUAUGAAUAUUUGGCAAGAUGAAGAGGGAAGCAACCCAAAAUGGUAUAUUGAACGGCUUGUUGUUCGUGACUAUGAAACUAAUGAAUGUUGGUUUUUCCUGGCAAACGAAUGGUUGAACGAUGAAAAACCGUUUGCUGAACCGAUGGAACUUGUUUUAUAUCCUGCAACAAUGAAGGAACUCCAUUCGUUUCGAAACAUAUUUCUUAUAAAAGUAUCAUAUUAUUUAAAAGAUAGGUCAGUUGAAUAAGUCAAUAUUUCAUUUUAAAUUAAUACUGGCAAUGGGAAUACAGUAAAAAUGUACUGCAGCGCCUUUUUCUGUGUUUUAGA